AUGUUUAAUUCUAGUAAUACUAUCAAAUUAAACCCCUGUGUAAUAUGUGAUUGUCCUAGAACAAGCGCUUUGGAUAACGAAAGUGAAAAGAUUGUCCAAGAUGCUUUAGAGAAAGCAUCGAAAGGACGAACUACUAUUGUAAUUGCACAUCGUUUAUCGACCAUUCGUAAUGCAGAUAAAAUUAUUGUGAUUCAGGAUGGUUCCACCAUUGAAAAAGGUGAUCAUGAUACAUUGAUGAAUAAACGUGGAAAUUAUUAUGCGCUUGUCCAAGCACAAAAUUUAAAACUAGCUGAAGAAGAAUCGGACCGCGAAGAUGACAAUAUUUAUCCUGAUAAAACCAAUGUUCAUCGAAAUAGAGGUUCAACAGUGGCAAGUUUAACACCAUCGAUGUCGGCAGCUUUAUAUGGAGAAAAAACAGAUAGUAAUGAUGGUGAAAUGAGUUCAUGUCCAAAACCGAGUGGAAUGUUAUCCUGUCGUUUCGGGGGAUACCAUUACAAUAAACGGGACGAAAUGAGAGCGGACGAAACAAGUGUGGGACGAAACGAGAGUAAUCCAGUCGAAUGA